AUGGGUCUUUCCGUGGAAGUAGAGGAUGCUCGAAGUGGUAGAAUCAUCGCCAAUGUGGACAGAUUGCAAUCUCACGCUACAAUUGCGGAUGUCAAAGCUCGCAUUGCAGAGAAACAUUCCAAAUACUACGUCGAAAGGAUAAGUCUUCGGCUUGAUAAGAAGGGAAAGUCGUUGAAAGACAAUGAACAGCUGCAAAAUCUCGGGAUUGAUGGAAAACUUUACUUCAAAGAUCUCGGACCCCAGAUCGGAUGGAGCACAGUCUUCCUUGCUGAAUACGCCGGCCCGUUGUUUAUCUACCUCCUUUUCUACAUCCGACCAGAGAUCAUUUAUGGGGCUGGAGCAGCCGAUAAGCCAAUGGAUCAAGUCGUCAAAUACGCCGCUGCAUGCCAUUCCUUCCACUACGCCAAGCGUCUUUUGGAGACGAUCUUUGUUCAUCGAUUCUCGAACUCGACAAUGCCCAUUCGCAACUUGUUCAAGAACUGCACGUACUACUGGGGAUUUGCAGCUUUCAUGGCAUAUUUUAUCAAUCAUCCUCUUUACACAGCGCCAAGUGCCCAGCAAACAAAAUUCGCUCUCAUCGCAUUUCUCAUCUGCGAGUUCGGAAACUUCUCCAUCCACAUUUUACUGAAGAACCUCCGUCCCCCUGGAACUCGUGAUCGAAAGAUUCCCAUGCCUGAUGCUAACCCAAUGACCCUGCUUUACCACUUCGUUUCAUGCCCCAACUACACUUACGAAGUAGGAGCGUGGAUUUCCUUUGGAAUCAUGACUCAAUGUCUCGCAGUGAUGAUCUUUAUGUUCUGCGGCUUGGCGCAAAUGACCAUCUGGGCACAAGGCAAGCAUCGUCGAUACAAAUCCGAGUUCAAAGCUUACCCACGAGGCCGAACUGCGAUCAUUCCAUACAUUAUUUAA